UUCACAACCCCAGACAGAAGAAGGAAAACCAACUUUGGAGUCAGUUCAGACCUCUGCUGCAUAGCUGAAAUCUUGGGCAACUCUUUCAGUCUGGAAUGGCAGAAAAACCAACAUGCGUGUCCCCACAGAUAUCCAAUGAUGAUGAAGAUACACAAGGAGAAGACAAUACCCGCUGCUUAACAAUGUUUAGUCAUUUUGGUUUUGAAUGUCUGCCCGAUCAGUUGGUGACUAGGUCUAUUCACAAAGGAUUCUCUUUUAAUAUUCUCUGUGUGGGGGAGACUGGAAUUGGAAAAUCAACACUGAUUGACACUUUGUUUAAUACUAAUCUGAAAGAAAAAAAGUCUUCACAUUUUUACUCAAAUGUUGGCCUCAAAGUUCAGACAUAUGAACUUAAGGAAAGCAAUGUUCAAUUGAAAUUGACAGUUGUGAAAACAGUGGGAUAUGGUGAUCAAAUAAACAAAGAAGCCAGCUACCAACCAAUAGUUGACUACCUAGAUGCUCAAUUUGAGGCCUAUCUUCAAGAAGAACUGAAAAUAAAACGUUCCUUCUCUGAGUACCAUGAUUCUCGCAUCCAUGUAUGUCUUUACUUCAUUUCACCUACAGGACAUUCUCUGAAGUCUCUUGAUCUAUUAACCAUGAAGAAUAUUGACAGUAAGGUAAACAUCAUACCACUGAUUGCGAAAGCGGAUACAAUUUCUAAAAGUGAUUUACAUAAAUUUAAGUGUAAGAUAAUGAGUGAAUUGUCUAGUAAUGGCAUCCACAUAUACCAGUUCCCAACAGAUGAUGAAACUAUUGCUCCAGUGAACUCCUCAAUGAAUGGACAAUUGCCUUUUGCUGUAGUAGGGAGUAUAGAUGAGGUAAAAGUUGGAAAAAGGACAGUCAGAGGCCGUCAAUACCCUUGGGGAGUUUUACAAGUGGAAAAUGAAAAUCACUGUGACUUUGUUAAGCUCCGAGAUAUGCUUCUUAGUACAAAUAUGGAAGAUCUGAAAGAACAAACUCAUGUUCAGCACUAUGAACGUUACAGGUGCUACAAACUGCAAAAAAUGGGCUUUACUGAUGUGGGCCCAGACAACAAGCCAGUCAGUUUUCAAGAGACAUUUGAAGCCAAAAGACAGGAUUUCUAUGAUCAAUGUAUGAGGGAAGAAGAAGAGUUGAAACAAAAAUUUAUGCAGAGAGUAAAGGAAAAAGAAACAACAUUUAAAGCAACCGAAAAAGAGCUACAGGAGAGGUUUGAGCAUCUUAAAAGAGUUCAACAAGAGGAGACAAUGAAACUUGAGGAAGAAAGAAGACAACUGGAGGAAGAAAUAAUAGACUUUUAUAAAAUGAAGGCUGCUUCUGAAACACUGCAGACUCAGGUGUACACCAAUAUAAAGAAGGACAAAGAUCACCUACACCCGGGACUCUAAUUUCAAAGCCUGUGCCAGGCAGAGACGAGCAAGGAAACGAGACGAGGGGACUCAGGAUGCCUGGGCAAGACAGACGCAUCACAGUUUAAGAGACAAAUACCAGCUUUCACGGAGACAGUUAAGUACAGUGAGCGGCAAGGCUGAUGCUGAGGCAUCUGCCUGUACCUCCGGUUAGGCGCAGGAGCUUGACAGGAAGUGAGCUGACGGGUGUCAUCCACGGGACCGUGGCAGACCCCGGCUUUCCCUGAUGGCUCCCCGUCAGAUGAAUUGCUGACAAUGCGGCCUCCCCUCUCAUCCUCCACCAGAGCACCUCGCUUCCCACCAUGGUAAUUUAUAUUUGUAAUUUUGGCCUUGAUCAAUAAAGGCAACA